AUGUUCCACCAUCGCCAUGGCUGUGGCUGGCCCUUUCUCCUCCUCCUCCUCCUCCUCCUCCUGGGUUUCCCCUUUGAUGAAUCUUCUCUCUUGCGCGGAGAAGCAGCGGCCGCCGGUAGCCAUAGGGUCGUCCUCUACCCGGAGUCCGCGACGGUCUCGUCCAUCGUGAGCAGCAAGUACAGGACCGCCUUCCAUUUCCAGCCCCCCAAGAACUGGAUCAACGGUACAUAUGGACCUCUGUACUACAAGGGCUUGUACCAUCUCUUCUACCAGUACAACCCCGGCAGCGUUGUCCCAGGCAACAAGACCUGGGCUCACUCUGUCUCCACCGACCUCGUCAACUGGCUCCGGCUCGAGACGGCAUUGGACCGGACCGAGCCCUACGAUGCCAAGGGCUGCUGGUCCGGCUCAGUCACUGUCCUCGCCGAUGGCCGGCCAGCCAUCCUCUACACCGGCGCAGACGACGUGAAGAACCAAGCCCAAUGCAUCGCCUUCCCCAGUAACAGCUCCGACCCGUAUCUCAGGGAAUGGACCAAGCCCAGCAGCAACCCGGUGAUCCGUCCGGACGGGCCGGGCCUGAACCCAAGACAGUUCAGGGACCCGACGACCGGGUGGACCGGGCCGGACGGGCAGUGGAGGAUAGCAGUUGGGGCCGAGCUGGACGGCUACAGUGCGGCACUCUUGUACAAGAGUGAGGACUUUGUGAGUUGGAGCAGGGUUGAUCACCCGCUCUACUCCUCCAACUCAUCCACCAUGUGGGAGUGCCCCGACUUCUUCGCGGCGCUGCCUGGCAACACCAGCGGACUGGACCUCUCCGCGGCGAUCCCGAAUGGCGCCAAGCAUGUCCUCAAGAUGAGCCUAGAUUCCUGUGACAAGUACAUGGUUGGGGUAUAUGAUCUGGAAGCCGAUAAGUUUGUGCCGGAUAAUUUCGUGGACGAUAGGCGUCUGUGGCUGAGGAUCGACUACGGCAAUUACUUCGCGUCAAAGUCAUUCUUCGACGCCAAAAAGGGGAGGAGGAUCAUAUGGGGCUGGGCUAACGAGUCGGAUAGUUCGUCGGAUGAUGCCGCAAAAGGCUGGGCUGGGAUCCAGGCGAUCCCCAGGACAAUAUGGUUAGAUAGCGAUGGCAAUCAGUUGCUGCAAUGGCCCGUUGAAGAGAUCGAGUCCCUUCGAAGAAACGAAAUUAGUCAUCAAGGAAUAGAGCUGAAAAAGGGUGACAUGUUUGAAAUUGAGGGGACUGAUACUUUGCAGGCGGAUGUGGAGAUAGAGUUUGAGCCAGGAACCAUGGAUGAAGCUGAUGCUUUUGAUCCUUCCUGGCUCUUGGACACGGAGAAGCAUUGCAGGGAAGCAGAUGCAUCAGCUCCUGGUGGCCUGGGGCCAUUUGGGCUUGUGGUUCUAGCCUCCGAUGACAUGGAGGAGCACACUGCCGUGCAUUUCAGAGUCUACAAAUCAAAGCACAAGCACGUGAUUCUUAUGUGCUCUGACCUAAGAAGGUCGUCCCUGAGAUCAGGGCUGUACACGCCGGCCUAUGGAGGCUUCUUCGAAUUUGACAUUGAAAAGGAAAGGAAGAUAUCUUUGAGAACAUUGAUCGAUCGUUCUGCAGUGGAGAGCUUUGGUGGUGGCGGCAGGGUCUGCAUCAUGGCUAGGGUCUACCCGGUUGCGCUGGUCGACGACAGAGGCGCUCGUAUGUAUGCUUUUAACAAUGGCACGACCACGGUCAUGGUGUCACAGCUCAAGGCAUGGAGCAUGAGAAGGGCACAUAUGAAUGUGAAGAAGGGAUGA